CCGCCCCKGGGCUGUGCGUCCCUUUGUCUCCUGGCGAGGGGAGCGGCCGCCCGUGCUCCCACCCGGGGUGCGGGGCUGUCUCCGUCGCGGGGCAGCCGCACAGAGCCGCUUCCACCGCCUUUAGGAGAGGCGUGAGCAGCCGCGGGUGCGUGGGGCUGGGGGUGUCUGUCAGACGCGCCCGCAUCCGAGCGCUCAGUGCCCCCGCCCGAGGGGCGGAUGAAGCCGGGCUUGGCUGCAGCGCUUCGGCCUAGGUGAAGGAUGAUCCAGAGGCACCAACUGGUUCAGUCUGUGCUGCAGGAGCUACAGGAAGCCACCGAAUGCUUUGGCCUGGAGGGCCUCACCAGUGCUGCACUGGAGGCAGAGAGGACCCUGUCAUCUUUCUCCCUGCCUGGCUAUUGUGGGAGUCAAUUUCAAGAGGAGCUGGAGGUUGACCGAGUAGCCAGAAGCCUCUAUCCUGAGGAUGCCCCAAGUAACAUGCUGCCUCUCGUUUGCAAAGGUGAAGGAAACCGCCUCUUUGAGGCUGCCAGCGUGCUGCUCUGGGGCAACCCCAGCCUCAGCCUGGAGCUGCAGGUGCGUACUGUGGUGGAGAUGCUGCUGCACAAGCAAUACUACUUGAAUGGCAUGAUUGAUUCCAAAGUGAUGCUGCAGGCUGCCCGCUACUCCCUCUGCACUGAGGAGACCCCAGAGAUGACCAGCCUCCCCAUGGCUAUCCUGGAAGCCAUCUUUGAUGCUGAUAUCAAAGCUACCUGUUUUCCUGGCACCUUUGCCAACAUGUGGCAUGUCUAUGCUCUUGCCUCGGUACUGCAGUGUAACAUCUACUCCAUCUAUCCCAUGAGCAACUUGAAGAUCCGACCCUAUUUCAACCGGCUCAUCCGGCCCAGGAAGUGUGGCCCACGAACCUCCACGCUACACAUCAUGUGGUCAGGGCAGCAGCUUUCCCGGCAGGUCUUCAAAGCACAGUAUUUUGUGGCUGUGGUUGGCCUGGAGGAGCUGGAACCCACAACACCUUCACCAGAGCCUCCUGUCCAGCCCAUGAAGACCCUUGAAUUGCUGAACAGUGACCCCCAGUUGACCUACUCCAACCUGCGUGACCGGUACAGCAUUACCAAGAGCACCUUCUACCGCUGGAAGCGCCAGUCUCGUGAGCACCGGCAGAAAGCGGCUGCCAGGUUUGCAGCUAAACACUUCCUCCAGUCCUGCUUUCAGGAGGGCAAUAUAAUACCCCUCCAGCACUUCCGACAAAUGUUCCCAGAAAUCUCCCGAUCCACAUACUAUGCCUGGAAACAUGAGAUGCAGAGCAUGGUCAAUGGUGAUGCCUCUGCUCUGUCUGAGGCUCACAGGUUGCAGGAGCUUCACAGGGUUGUCUCAAAAAAAGCUGAUGUGAAUGAGCCAGCAAAUCCACAGGGGGGCUUAAGAUCCUCAAGUCCUUCCCUAGAUCCCAUUCAAGCAGGAAUCUUUAUGCAAGGAGCCAAAUCCUACCUGGAAAAAUGCAUUUCCAUGAACACUCUGGUGCCUUACAGGUGCUUCAAGCGCAGCUUCCCUGGCAUCUCCAGGUCUACUUACUAUAACUGGCGCAGAAAAGCAAUCAAGGAGAACCCCAACUUCAAAUACCCCCAGUCACCCUUGGAUAACCAGAAAGCUCUAGCUACAGGAAAGUCAUUCCUGCAGCUGAAACCAAGCAGUGUGCCUGUUAGGAAGAGACGGAAUGGACACCGGCCAGCACCCAGGAGUCUCCUGCAGCUACAGCCUUCUUUGUGCUGGAGAAAGCAGCUGCGAGAUGUGGCCAGGAGGCAGGUCCARCAGUGGCAGCUGCCAUUCUGCAAGUACCGCCUGCGCUACCCAUCUCUCUCCUCCACAGCCUACUGGUUUUGGAAGGGCAGUGGCCAGGCUGUUUGGCAGCAUCGCCUGCCCUGGAGCAGCUCCAGCCAGYCAUUGAACCGUGUGGCUUCCCUGGCACCUCCAAGAGCAGAACCAGGCCUCAAACCACAGUGCCAUUUGGAGGUAGCCACCAAGCACAUAGAUAAGCCAGUGCCUGCCAUGCCAUGCAACACCACCAUUUCAGGCUAUGCCAUGUCGGAGAGAGCCAACAGCCGGAUGUUUGUGAUGGAUGUGAUUGCCACUGCCCAGUUCAAGGCACAGGCCAAGCUGUUCCUGCAGCAGCGCUUUGAGUCAAAGACCUUCCCGACCUACAAAGAGUUCAGUGCCCGCUUCCCCCUCACAGCCCGUUCCACCUAUUACAUGUGGAAGCGUGCCCUGCAUGAUGGGCUGACAUUGGUGGAUGCYUGAGUGCCAGGUGCCAGCUGGCUUGGCCAAAGCUCCUCUGCUGAUGUGCCCUUUGGCUCUCUGGUGGGGUGCCCAGGUUGGGGCCUCACUAAUUUUUGUUCUGGUUUUGUUUUGUUCCUAGUCUCUGGCUUUCUUUUCUGUGUGGUUCUGUCAGGURUGGGAGCAUCCUCACAGUGCCUAUUCCCAGAGGCUGGAGGAGUGGAAGGAGAAGGCAUUGAGUGCCCCAAAGGAAAGGGGUCAGGUAAUUUUCCUCUCUUUGUGCUCAGAGGAUGAGCAAGGGAGGCAGUACUGUGCCAGUGUCAUGGGAUGCUGCUGUGAGAUGGAGCAUGUGAAAGUCUCUCUGCCCUAGGCAGUUGCUUGAACAAGUAACGUGGAUGUGCAGGAUGAGCAUGGAGGUGCCCAGCAUCUCCUCGGUGAGCAGAGUAGUACUGGCUCAGCUGUGAGUGAGGAGAGGUUUGGGGAAUGCUCAGCUUUAUGUAAGAAGCAUCUUUCGUCUGGGUUUUAUUCUCCCAGCUGAGGGGAAUAAAAGCUUCACCUGGGGUCAAUGAAGCUCUGGCUUUUAGUACCUGCCUCUGGCUGCCCUGAUCUUUCCUAGAUGGAGCAGAGGCUGGUAAAUGAGGGGACUUCUGGCCUCACUGUAAUCAGUAUGCUGAAGAUGCUAAGAUAGAAGUCAGUGUCCUUUGCAGGCUCUGGAGAAGUUGUCCCUGACCUUUCAGGUCUUGUAGCAGUAACCUUUCACACAAACCUUUACUCUCUCAGCUGGCAGCUGCCUUACUUUUCUAGGGUCUCUCUUCCUUGAUAUCUAGGAAAAUGCAGAGAGACUGAAGCUUAUGUGCCCAGUGUCCCUGCAUCCCCUGUGCUGUUCUGCAAGCAACAUGGAUGCAUAUAUCUCACUUGUAAGAAACCAAAGCAAUAAAGAUUCUUCCACUCCUAGUUCUGUGCAGUUUAUCACUCUUGCUGCAUGAUUUCUCAGCAAGGCUUUCCCCUCCAUUCUGCAUUCUAAAACUUGUGGGCAGGGAGAGCCUGUGCACAGCUCAAUCCCCGCUCCUGAGAAGGUCCUUUCCUGGCUCCUGGUGGGGACUAUAUGCUGCUUGAUGUCUCUUGUCUGAAGGCCUGACUGGAGCUAUGCUCUCCCUGAUAAGAGCCCAGGGCUUGGCUUAUAGAUCAGAUGCAAGGCUGGAGAUAACCCAGUGGGCACAGCUCUGUGUGACAGCAGGGAUGCAGAGGUAAUGUCUGAGAUGUUGGUGGCCCUGCCCUCAAGUGGUGGUGCUGUACUGGGAGCCUGAAACCAGCUGUUUGCACCKGCCCUAUGAGCAUCUUGAGGCACAAGGCUGAGGAGGUCUCUGCCUGACUCCAAAAAGCCUCAUCCCCUUAGUGUGUGAGCACUCCUGUGGUGUCUGUCAUCGUGGCUGUGCAGGACUAAGCUGUAGGACAUCUGGGGCUGGCUGGUAGCACUGAGGGUUGUGGUGACAAAUGCAGUACCUGCUCUUGUUUCCCAGKAAGCUGUCAGAAGCCAGAAUGACCUACAGAUGUGGUGGGAGACCCUCCCAUUUACAAGGUCAGCUUUUGAGGCUGGGUUGGCAGGACUGAGUCUUGUCUUACCCUCAGGCCUUUGACAGGGCAUUAGGAGCUUUGGUGACCAUGUUAAAAGGAGAUGCCACAACUCAUGUGCUUUGUCUGUCCCCAACCCAUCCCCUUGCUCUGUCCUACCCCUGCCUUGCAGGCUUGCUUGCAAAUAAUUUGUUUUUCCUUAAGGUGUCUGGAACCUCUUGCUGCCUGCUGCAGCCCAGUCCUAUCCUGAUGUAGUCUGGCUUCACCCCCUGUGAGCCUCCUGGGCAGAGRGGCCCUAUGCUGGAAAGUUCUGAGCUUUCUUUUGCAACAGCCUGCAGGAGAAAGGUGCUCAGGGUUGCCCUGGGGUAGGGCAGCUGUUGUGAACCAGCAUMUGGGGUAUCUCUUAAGAAUACCCUCCCCACCAUCCAUCUACACCYGUGUGCCCUCUGUAGUCCCAGAGGAGGAGUUCUGGGGCACUCAGUGGGUGCUCUGGGAAGGGAGGCACAUAAGGAGCAGGGAGCUGCCAAGCAGCGCUGUGUACUGCUGCAGAGAGCCCUGGGCUCUGUGUCAGGAAGUAAUUGAAGUAAUUAGCUGCCAGGGAGGACUAAUCCAUGAACUUCUCUAAGGGAGUGAGCUGUUAAUUACUCCAGAAAGAUUACCUACGUCUCCACACUGCUGGAGGCUGGAGAUAGCUGCUUUCACAGCAGUGGUGACUGCAGCAGCAGCUGUGAAAAUGGAUGCAAGGCCCUCAGUGUUCCCUUCAUGGCCUAAGCCAAAGGAAGCAGCAGGGAUGGUGGAUUUUCUGACAGUGGGUGCCAACAUGGGCCCUAUUUGGGUGGCCUUGAGGCUGGGGAAGACUAUGCCUGAUAGCAGGGCUGGGGCAUCCAUCAGUAUGGCACAGCACAGUGGGUGGUGGUCAGCUGCUGSUGGGGGCAAGUGGGCGUCAGGAGAGCCUGAGGGGGCCUUUGUGGUGUUACCCAGUGCUCUGCAGGGUGAAGGAAUAACUUGCCCUGCUUCACUCUCCCCGAACUGGGAGUGUUGCAUGCAUCACACCUGGGCAGUUGCAGAACGAAUCUCUUUCUGGGUACUGGCCUUGGGCUCCAACCCCUUGCAAGACAAUUUUUAGAGGUCCUGGUGAAGGGAUCUGGUGUGUUGGUUUUUCUGCCCUUAGCUGGAUGUUUGGGUGAGACAUGGUGGGGAAAAUAUCACUCAUCCCYGCCCUAUGCAUUGAUGGCAGUGGGCCAUGUUGGGCCACUGCCAGUUGGCACCACCUAAGUGGUGGGUGCUUGUUAGUUACUGAUGUUGUUUGUGGCUGAGCAGAGCUUAAAUGGAAGGGAAAUUGUAGCACUUGAUUUGUAACUGUCAUGCUGCUCGUGUGCAGAGCUGGUGGUAGAUGAGUUGAGGCAGCCUCUGCUGCUCCACAUCUCACUGUCAGGCCCUGGAUGGUGAAUCUCUCCAUUUGCACGUGGGCCGUGAGGUUUAGCUCAGGUUCCACCUAAACCCCCUCACAGACARCUACUUAUUAAUACUGACCUCAGAAAAGAUGGAAAUCAAAAGGUGACUGAAAAGCAGAGGCUGGGGGGCUGCAAAGCACAUGGGGAGCACCCUUUCACUUACCUGUAAUUUAGGGCUCUGCUCUGCCACUAAAGCAUCCAUUUGCAUCCGUGGAAGAGGUGCAUAAGGUGGGCACUGCAGUGCUGCAGAGCCUGCCCAAGUGCUCUGGGAAUAGUUGAUCGUGCCCAAGCAAAUCUUUGGGGCGCUAAGUGGAUACAUGUUAGCUCAAACAUGGCUUUGCCUCCACAUUUUGCACAGGCAGCUGGCUUGUUGCUGCAAAGAGCAAUAGUGUUGGUCAGAAAAGCACAUCAAAGUAGUGACAGGGUUGCAUUUCACAGGAUAGCUCCUGUGCUUUGCUGGGAUCAUCAGAGUGGAGAAGUGGCAGCAGCAGGAAGACAGAGAAGCCAGAGCCACCAUUCAAAACUACUCAUGAGCUGACAAGCAUGGCAGCAAUUCAUUGUCAAAAUAUCUCUGGGGGAGGGGAAAAAAAGAUGAGAAAAAGAGGGAAAAAGGGAUCUUUUUUAUCAGUCCCCUGCAAUAGUUCCCUCCAUAGGUCCAGACUACAAGCAACUAGUGCUGCCAAGCCAGUUCAGUAGAUCAAACAAUCUUUUUCCUCCUGUGCCCCAGGGGUAUUUGUGGGGAACCAUCUGCCUCUGUCCAAGCAGGUUACACCAGGACUGCCAGGUCCUGUUUUCUGUUCUACCACCUGCUAUACCUCCUUUGAUUAAAAUUCAUCUCAUGUACUGUGGCUGCAAAUGUCUUCUGGAGUCCAGCUGUGGCCCAUCACUGCCCUGCCAUUAUGCUUCAYGAAUAUUUUUUUGCUGAGCUAAUUGCCCAAGCAUCAAAUCUGCCUUUUUCAUGUCAGAGCAAUGGCUCAGGCUUUUCCCUGGUUACUGCCAGCUGAGGACCUCCCCACCUGCUGCAGCAAUUCCUGCUGGCAACCCCUCACGGCAUUUCUCUGCAUUUCAUCCCAUCUCUACCACUCCUGCYUUUGAGGUAACCCACUUUCUGUAUUUCAAAACCCUCCUAAUUUGUCUCUUUAGCAAAUGACACUAAGGCACCCCUCUUUUCUAUGCCAACUUGUUAGUGAAAGUAUGGGAAAUCAGUUCUCAUAUAGAUCCUCAAGGAUGUUUCCCUCCACCCCAACUGAUCUUCUAAAAUAUCAACAGCCCAUUAAUACCUGUCUUUGCUUUCAUGGACCAGCCCCUACCUGACAACUGUUGGUGUAGGUGGUUGCUGGUGUGGUUCCAUCCCAGCAGUAGGCCCAAGGUCCAGAUGCAUUGUUCCCAGCCUUUUCUCUUCUAGAAAACAAGUCAGCUGAUAUGUAAUGCUAUUUUAGCACAGUCAACAUCUGGAAAAUACUGCAGUUUUGGAGAAAGUACUCAGAUAUGAAAGCACUUUAGGAAGGAAAACUUCUGUUUUUCUAGCUAAUACUGUCAAGAGUUUGUUGCCUAUGCCUAGAUUUUGAUAUACUACUUGGAGCAUGUCAUUUCAGCAGAUACUGCACUUAUUUGCAUUUAAUUUCUCCUCCCCUGACAUCUUCCUUUACUGCUUUUCCCAUCACUUAAGUAAAUGCAGUGGUGGGAAAGGUAGGAGAGCUGUGGUAGGAUGGACAGCUCCUGCUAAACUCAGGUGCUUGAGAAUAAAGUUAUGUCCUUGUGGCACUUCUGUGACUGUGUGUUUUGACAGGGAG